AUGCCAAACUCCACCCCACACUCCAAUCCACACCAUCACACACUCCAAUCCACACCAUCCCACACUCCAUCCCACACUCCACCCCACACUCAUCCCACACUUCAUCCCACACUCGAACCCACACUACUUCCCACAUUCCAUCCCACACUCCACCCCACACUCAUCCCACACUCCAAUCCACACCAUCCCACACUCCAUCCCACACUCAUCCCACACUCCAUCCCACACUCCACCCACACUCCAUCCCACACUCAUCCCACUCUCCAUCCCACACUCCACCCCACAAUCAUCCCACACUCCAACCCACACUACUUCCCACACUCAUCCCACACUCCAAUCCACACCAUCCCACACUCAUCCCACACUCCAUCCCACACUCCACCCACACUCCAUCCCACACUCAUCCCACUCUCCAUCCCACACUCCACCCCACAAUCAUCCCACACUCCAACCCACACUACUUCCCACACUCAUCCCACACUCCAAUCCACACCAUCCCACACUCCAUCCCACACUCACCCCACACCCCAUCCCACACUCCACCCCACACUCAUCCCACACUCCAACCCACACUACUUCCCACACUCAUCCCACACUCCAAUCCACACCAUCCCACACUCCAUCCCACACUCCAUCCCACACUCAUCCCACACUCCAUCCCACACUCCAUCCCACACUCCAUCCCACACUCCACCCACACUCCAUCCCACACUCCAUCCCACACUCCACCCCAUGCUCAUCCCACACUCCAAUCCACACCAUCCCACACUCCAUCCCACACUCAUCCCACACUCCAUCCCACACUCCACCCCACACUCAUCCCACACUCCAACCCACAUUACUUCCCACAUUCCAUCCCAAACUCAUCCCACACUCAUCCCACACUCCAACCCACACUACUUCCCACAUUCCAUCCCACACUCCACCCCACACUCAUCCCACACUCCACCCCACACUCAUCCCACACUCCAAUCCACACCAUCCCACACUCCAUCCCACACUCCACCCCACACUCAUCCCACACUCCACCCCACACUACUUCCCACAUUCCAUCCCACACUCCAAUUUACACCAUCCCACACUCCAAUCCACACUAUCCCACACUCCAGUCCACGCCAUCCCAUGCUGCAACCCACACUCCACCCCACCAUCCCACACUAA